AAUGGCAGCAUCAUAUACAAAUGUAUUCAUGAAGUUAUGUUGGACAGGAAAACAAAAAUCACUCUACUCUUAUCAUGUUUAACAUAUGUUUCUUUCGACAGCGGCGGGGCGGAAGAGAUGGAGGCAAAUGAAGAGGAUAUGCAGUAUUUGGAAAUGGAAAGAUGCAUUUAAUGAGUAGUAGUGACAAGUAUUUGGUUUACCUAGAAAAGUAGUAAUGGCAUUAGUGGUUUCAUUUCAUGUCCAAACAAAGAUAUUCAACGGAUUCAAACAGCCAAAUGGCGGUAUAGAGAUUGUGUGUUUUAUUCAAAUGUGGCACUUCAUGGUUAAUUUGAAACGUCAGUCCUUGCUGGAACACCUGCUUUCCCAUGCUUUAAGAGCACUCUCACUUGACUCUUCCGCCCUAUUCCCUGCUGUUUUUUCUGUGAAUUCUACUAAGGAAGAAAGUUUCUAGGGAAACACUGGGAAUAUGUCUGAGUACUUGAAUAUGUAUAUAGAAUAUCCCUUUUCAUACCAACCAGAUGAUGUCGUACAAACUGGAGCAGCCGUAGAGGGGAGACCAGGAGUUCCAACUGAUCCAGUGACUGUCAGUAUUAGUGAAUAUUCAUACAAGUUUAAUGUGAUCCUACCGGCUGUCACGAGAAACGUGUGUGAUGUGUCCGUUGAUAUUCUGUAUAACGGGGAAGUGGAGAUAGAGGGGAGAGUAAAUGCUGGUGUAGUAACAAGCACUUGGGUACCAAUUUCGUUCAAUAGAAGAGCGCGAAGGGUAACUCCUCCAGGUCACUUUACUAUCAAUUUCACUUUGCCUGGACCUUGUGACACCAAUUUUGCAAAAGCCAAGCUGAACUCAGAUGGUGUUGUCGAAGGAGUUGUGCUUAAAGAUGGGAUUUUUAAGGCUCAUUAGAAUGAUUAUCAGCCUCAGUCCUCUGAUUAGCUUAUAAUCUUAAUUAAAACCAACUUCAUGUUCUGGAAAUGUACCAGUUAUUAUCAAACUGAUCAAACUUUAUCUGUAUCUUUCUUUCUUCCAUAGGUGAGAACUACCUGAUAUUUGACAAUAUUUUCCUUAUUUUUUCCAGUUUCUGUUGCAUUUUACAAAAUGUAA